UUUCGGAGUCCGGGGCUCGGCCGCCUGCAGCCCUGUUUGCAUGUGCGGGGCCGCGGCGCGGAGCCUCCGCCCCCCACCCGGUUGUUUUUCGGCGCCUCCCUCUGCUCGGCGGCGGCGGCGGUGGCGGCGGCAGCAUGGCGAGCCCUCCGGAGACCGACGGCUUCUCGGACGUGCGCAAGGUGGGCUACCUGCGCAAACCCAAGAGCAUGCACAAGCGCUUCUUCGUGCUGCGGGCGGCCAGCGAGGCGGGGGGCCCGGCGCGCCUCGAGUACUACGAGAACGAGAAGAAGUGGCGGCACAAGUCGAGCGCCCCCAAACGCUCGAUCCCCCUCGAGAGCUGCUUCAACAUCAACAAGCGGGCGGACUCCAAGAACAAGCACCUGGUGGCCCUUUACACCCGGGACGAGCACUUUGCCAUCGCGGCGGACAGCGAGGCCGAGCAGGACAGCUGGUACCAGGCCCUCCUGCAGCUGCACAACCGGGCCAAGGGCCACCACGACGGCGCCUCGGCCCCCGGGGCGGGAGGCGGCGGGGGCAGCUGCAGCGGCAGCUCGGGCCUCGGGGAGGCCGGCGAGGACUUGAGCUACGGGGACGUGCCCCCGGGACCUGCGUUCAAGGAGGUCUGGCAGGUGAUCCUGAAACCCAAGGGCCUGGGGCAGACAAAGAACCUGAUUGGCAUCUACCGCCUCUGCCUGACCAGCAAGACCAUCAGCUUCGUGAAGCUGAACUCCGAGGCGGCGGCCGUGGUGCUGCAGCUGAUGAACAUCCGACGUUGCGGCCACUCGGAGAACUUCUUCUUCAUCGAAGUGGGCCGUUCCGCAGUGACGGGACCCGGCGAGUUCUGGAUGCAGGUGGAUGACUCCGUGGUGGCCCAGAACAUGCACGAGACCAUCCUGGAGGCCAUGCGGGCCAUGAGCGACGAGUUCCGCCCUCGGAGUAAGAGCCAGUCCUCCUCCAACUGCUCCAACCCCAUCAGCGUCCCCCUGCGCCGGCACCACCUCAACAACCCCCCUCCCAGCCAGGUGGGGCUGACGCGCCGCUCGCGCACCGAGAGCAUCACCGCCACCUCUCCGGCCAGCAUGGUGGGCGGGAAGCAGGGCUCCUUCCGUGUGCGCGCGUCCAGCGACGGCGAGGGCACCAUGUCCCGCCCGGCCUCGGUGGACGGCAGCCCCGUGAGCCCGAGCACCACCAGGACCCACGCGCACCGGCAUCGCGGCAGCUCCCGGCUGCACCCCCCGCUCAACCACAGCCGCUCCAUCCCCAUGCCUUCCUCUCGCUGCUCGCCUUCCGCCACCAGCCCGGUCAGCCUGUCGUCCAGCAGCACCAGUGGCCACGGCUCCACCUCGGACUGCCUCUUCCCCCGGCGCUCUAGUGCCUCUGUGUCGGGUUCCCCCAGCGACGGUGGUUUCAUCUCCUCUGACGAGUACGGCUCGAGUCCCUGCGAUUUCCGAAGUUCCUUCCGCAGUGUCACCCCGGAUUCCCUGGGCCACACCCCCCCGGCCCGCGGCGAGGAGGAGCUGAGCAACUACAUCUGCAUGGGAGGCAAAGGGUCCUCCACCCUCACCGCCCCCAACGGUCACUACAUUUUGCCUCGGGGUGGCAAUGGCCACCGCUACAUCCCGGGGGCUGGCUUGGGCACCAGCCCGGCCCUGGCUGCGGAUGAAGCGGCCGCUGCGGCCGACCUGGAUAACCGGUUCCGAAAGCGGACUCACUCCGCGGGCACAUCCCCUACCAUUUCCCACCAGAAGACCCCGUCCCAGUCUUCUGUGGCUUCCAUUGAGGAGUACACGGAGAUGAUGCCUGCCUACCCGCCAGGAGGUGGCAGUGGAGGCCGACUGCCUGGCUACCGGCACUCUGCCUUCGUGCCCACCCACUCCUACCCCGAGGAGGGUCUGGAAAUGCACCCUCUGGACAGGCGUGGGGGCCACCACCGGCCGGACGCCGCCGCCCUCCACACGGAUGAUGGCUACAUGCCCAUGUCCCCGGGAGUGGCACCGGUGCCCAGCAGCCGGAAGGGCAGUGGGGACUAUAUGCCCAUGAGCCCCAAGAGCGUGUCCGCGCCGCAGCAGAUCAUCAACCCCAUUAGACGCCAUCCCCAGAGGGUGGACCCCAAUGGCUACAUGAUGAUGUCCCCAAGCGGCAGCUGCUCUCCUGACAUUGGAGGUGGGCCCGGCAGCAGCAGCAGCGGCAGCGCCGCCCCUUCUGGGAGCAGCUAUGGCAAGCUGUGGACAAACGGGGUAGGGGGCCACCACCCUCACGCCCUGCCGCACCCCAAACUCCCCGUGGAGAGCGGGAGUGGCAAGCUCCUGUCUUGUACCGGCGACUACAUGAACAUGUCGCCGGUGGGGGACUCCAACACCAGCAGCCCCUCCGACGGCUACUACGGCCCAGAGGACCCCCAGCACAAGCCAGUUCUCUCCUACUACUCAUUGCCAAGGUCCUUUAAGCACACCCAGCGCCCUGGGGAGCUGGAGGAGAGCGCCCGGCACCAGCACCUCCGCCUCUCCUCCAGCUCGGGUCGUCUUCUCUACGCCGCGACGGCGGAAGAUUCCUCCUCCUCCACCAGCAGCGACAGCCUGGGCCCAGGGGGAUACUGUGGGGUCAGGCCGGAUCCCGGCCUCCCGCAUAUCCACCAUCAGGUCCUGCAGCCUCACCUGCCUCGGAAGGUGGACACGGCCGCGCAGACCAACAGCCGCCUGGCUCGGCCCACGAGGCUGUCCCUGGGGGACCCCAAGGCCAGCACCUUACCUCGGGUUCGAGAGCAGCAGCACCCGCCGCCCCUGCUGCACCCUCCGGAGCCCAAGAGCCCCGGGGAAUAUGUGAAUAUUGAGUUCGGGAGCGAUCAGCCGGGCUACUUAUCGGGGCCGGUGGCUGCCCGCAGCUCGCCUUCUGUCAGGUGCCCACCCCAGCUCCAGCCAGCUCCCCGCGAGGAAGAGACUGGCACCGAGGAGUACAUGAACAUGGACCUGGGGCCUGGCCGGAGGGCAGCCUGGCAGGAGGGUGCUGGGGUCCAGCCCGGCAGGGUGGGCCCCGCGCCCCCCGGGGCCGCUAGCGUGUGCAGGCCCACCCGGGCAGUGCCCAGCAGCCGGGGCGACUACAUGACCAUGCAGGUGGGCUGUCCCGGCCAGGGCUACGUGGACACCUCGCCAGUGGCCCCCAUCAGCUACGCUGACAUGCGGACAGGCAUUGUCGUGGAGGAGGCCAGCCUGCCGGGGGCCACAGCGGCCGCCCCCUCCUCGGCCUCGGCAGCCUCGGCUUCCCCCACGGCGCCUCCAAAAGCGGGGGAGCUGGUGGCCCGCUCCUCCCUGCUGGGGGGCCCGCAGGGACCCGGGGGCAUGAGCGCCUUCACCCGGGUGAACCUCAGCCCCAACCGCAACCAGAGUGCCAAAGUGAUCCGCGCCGACCCGCAGGGGUGCCGGAGGCGGCAUAGCUCUGAGACCUUCUCCUCCACGCCCAGUGCCACCCGGGCGGGCAACGCAGUGCCCUUCGGCGGGGGGGCGGCCCUGGGGGGCAGCGGUGGCGGCAGCAGCGCGGAGGAUAUGAAACGCCACAGUUCGGCUUCCUUUGAGAACGUGUGGCUGAGGCCUGGGGAGCUCGGGGGAGCCCCCAAGGAGCCGGCCCCGCACGCUGGGGCCGCCGGGGGUUUGGAGAAUGGGCUUAACUACAUAGACCUGGAUUUGGUCAAGGACUUCAAACAGUGCUCUCAGGAGCGCCCCCCUCAACCGCAGCCGCCCCCGCCCCCGGCCCCUCAUCAGCCUCUGGGCAGCAGUGAGAGCAGUUCAACCAGCCGCUCCAGCGAGGAUCUAAGCGCCUAUGCCAGCAUCAGUUUCCAGAAGCAGCCAGAGGACCUCCAGUAGCUCAACUGGACAUCACAGCAGAAUGAAGACCUGAAUGACCUCAGCAAAUCCUCCCUUUACUCAUGGGUACCCAGACUCUGAAUAUUUCAUGAUUCACAACCAGGACCUCACAUCUUUCUCCUCAGUAGAUGGUACGAUGCAUCCAUUUCAGUUUGUUUACUUUCUACAAUCCUCAGGAGUUCCUUGACUGAACUGCACGUACUAUAUUGUGCCAAGCAAAAAAGCACUGUGACACCAGAACAAUGAGUCUGCAUAAACUUCAUCUUCAACCUUAAGGACUUAGCUGGCCACGUGAGCUGAUGUGCCCACCACCAUGCCACGAGAGAAUGGGUUUACUCUCAUUGCAUUUGCAAGAUCCAUUUCAUCUGCUGCUGAAACUGUGUACGACAAAGCAUCGUUGUAAAUUAUUUCCUACAGAACUGUUCGCGUUGGGUGGAGAGAGUAUUAAAUAUUUAACAUAGGUUUUGAUUUAUAUGUGUAAUUUUUUUAAUUAAAAUGUAACUUUUCUUACAGCACAUCUUUUUUUUGGAUGUGGAACUGAGGUAUACAAUGUUCUGUUGUAAAGAGUGGAGCAAAUACUUAAAACAAGGCUAACAAGAGUAGAAUAGGGUACGAUCCUUGUUUUAAGGUUGUAAUUCAGAAAAAUAAUAUAAUAAGAAUCAUAGUGCCAUUAGAUGGUUCUCAAUUGUAUAGUUAUAUUUGCGGAUACUAUCUCUUGUAAUAUAGCCCUGAUGUUGAGCUGAGAUCCUUACAAGAAUUGAUCUUAAUUUUGUAUUUUUCCUGUAAGGCAAUAGGCCACGUUAAUUAAACUGAAGAAAGAUAUAUUCUACUGGGUAUUUUCAAGUGUCAGCUUAAAAUUGGCAAUUGAAUGGAAGCAAAAUUACAGGCAAAUGAAAUCAAAGUCUUCCAUUGUAUAUACUGUAAAGAGGAGGAGACUUGGGUGAUCCCUUUAAAUCAAAAGCUCUCUUUGGAAUGAACAAUGUGGGUGUUUGUAAAUUCUGGAAAUUUCUUUCUAUUCAUAAUAAACUAGAGACUGUUGAUCUUUU